AUGUGGCAUAGUUAUCACGCCGAGGCAAGCAUUAGGACCUUAACACUGUUACGUAUGAGAAUUUCAGAGGAUAGACCAUCAAUCAACGUGAGUCACACGACAAUGCCGCAGAUUUCACAGUUAAACCCUAACAGAAAACUGAUUCGCCAAUGCUUUGUUCAUGACUAUUGCACGAAAGAAAAACUUUACAAUGCACGCAUGUCAUCGUUCACAGGUGGUUGGCUCUCUUCUGACCACACAUUCAAGGUCGCUGGGAAUGUCGGAUUAUGGCAAAAUGGCCAUUGGAUUCGCCAGUUCGACUCUUUGUUUUCUGUCAUGAAUGAGGAUGGAAUUGUCAUCGCGUGGCAAUUAACGAGAGGCACUGGUUUUGCCAGGGUGAAGACCCUACUCAUGGGAAUUCGGAACAGGCUACAAAAUAGCGGAGUUACCUUGCAGGGAUUUUCCAUUGACAACUGCUGCGCCUGGAGAUUACUCCUUCAAGCAGUAUUUGGAGUUAUUCCAAUUAAACUUGAUCUCUUUCAUGCAGUGCAAUGCAUCGCUAGUAAAAUUAAAAAAAAACACCCAUUAAGAAGACAAUGCCUUGCUGCAUUUCGUUUAGUCUUUCGGAAGUCGGGCGAUAUCGAAAAAGAACGUAAGAAGCCAACGCCUUCUCGCGAAGUGAUGUUGACAAAUUUAAAUAGGUUUCUGGAAAAUUGGGAAAAUGUUGAACUUGCAGGGGAAAAGGUACUUUCACAGCAUGUCCACAACCAAUUGGACAAGUUAAGAAAACAUAUUAAGAAAGGUUGCUUGGAAGAUAUUCCUCCUAAAGCAGGAACAAGCAGACAGGAAGCAAUGCACAAAAGCCUCCGAAAAAGCGUGAAAAAAAGGAGAGUUGGCGUUAAAGUAGCUGUGGCAAGCAUAGGAACGUGCCUAUACAGAUGGAACGAAAGACGGUUUUCGGACAAGGUUGGAUCGUGCCAUUCACAAGUUCCGGUCCCAGUCACCCACUACCAGGACUUGUCAGUCAGUCAGGAAGAAGUAUUUGGUACUGGAAUGAUUCAAAAUGGAAGCGGUUUUAGCGAUGAUGACUCGGAAGAUGGCACUGACGUCGAUGCCUGUGAAAAUGAGUCAACGGGUAGCAGUAGUGAGGACGGGGACUAUGGGAUUGAUGACAACGAUAAUGUGAGGAUCAGCGAGGAAGACGCGUAUCAUCGAGUUUUAGAGUAUGCCCUGUACAUGAAGAGCCUGGCUCACGAUUUGCAAGCGAAAUGCGAUGCACCCACGAUGAAAGUUAAUCUGACACAGUUCGUAGGGCGCAGCCUUCUAUUAUUCUCAUCGCAUGCAAGUUCCUCCAGACCAGACGCAGGAAAAUGCAGGAGAGGUUAA